AUGAUUCAAAAAAAACAUUCAACACAACCACCAAUUGUACGAUUUAUUAAUAAAACAACAGAUUCAACAAUUACAACAAUCAAUUCAGCAUCUCCAACAACACCAGCAUCAUCAUCAUCAACUUUAUCACCAUCUUUAAUUGCAAGUACAAGUCAUGGAGAUACAAAUAAUAUUCAAAAUUCUCUAGAACAGAAUGAAAUCCCCUCAGUUGAUGAUGAUGACGAUGAUAAUGAACUUGAUCUUGAAUUUGAUAUGAAUGAAUUAUUUAAUGAUGAUUCAUGUCCACAACAAACAAUACAAAGAAUAUUAGCAUUACAAUUACAAGGACAAUCAAAUGAAGUAUUUCUAAUAUGUAACACACAUUUAUACUUUCAUCCAACAGCUGAUAUAGUUCGAUGUUUACAAGUAAUGAUUGCAUUUGAACGUAUCAAAGAAAUCAAACAAAUUUAUGUAGAACAAAAUAAAAAUGUGUCUAUUAUAUGGAGUGGAGAUUUCAAUGCUAAUGUAACAUCAUUAGCAUAUCAUCUUAUAUUUACUGGCGUUUUAUUAACUGAUACAAACCAUCGAUCAUACAAUGAAGAUUAUGCUAAAAUAAUAAAAGAUUUUGAUUAUAAAAGUUCAAUAGAAUUAAGUACAUAUUCGAAUUAUGCAUAUACUAAUUAUAUGUUGAAUUAUCACGGUGUUAUUGAUCAUAUUUUUUAUGAUUCAAAAAAAUUUAAUUUUCAUCGUACUAUACCAAUGCCAACUCAUGAAGAAGUUACAGAAUUUACAGCUUUACCAUCAUGUAAAAUUCCAAGUGAUCAUUUGGCUGUUGUUGUUGAACUUGAAAUCAUUGAAUGA